AUGGCUGGGCCGGCCCCAGGGCCUAAAUCGAGCGGGGACGAUCGAGGCAUGGCGGAUCCCUGUAGAAGGGUGUUGAACUUUAACAUUGGAGUUCUUGGUCACAUUGACAGUGGAAAAACGUCUCUUGCCAAAGCAUUGAGCUCAACUGCAUCUACGGCAUCUUUUGAUAAGAACCCUCAGAGUAAAGAACGUGGUAUAACUCUUGAUCUAGGGUUUUCCUCUUUCCAAGUUCCCAUCCCAGAGCAUCUGAAGCAGCAUGGUUACGACAUUCUUCAGUUCACACUCGUUGAUUGUCCAGGCCACGCUUCUCUAAUCAGGACUAUUAUUGGAGGUGCUCAGAUUAUUGAUAUGAUGAUGCUGGUAGUAGAUGUCACUAAAGGGAUGCAGACCCAAACAGCGGAGUGUCUCGUAAUUGGAGAGAUUCUCUGUGAGAAGAUGGUCGUCGUAUUAAACAAGGUCGACUUGUUGAAAGAGGAAAAGAGGGACGUAUUAAUCGAAAAGAUGACCAAAAAGCUGGCUAAGACAUUGCAAAACACCAAAUUUGCUGGCUCUGCAAUCUUACCAGUUUCAGCAAAGCCUGGAGGGCCAGACUCUCCAGAAUCCAAUCCAGUUGGUACACAGGAGCUGAUUGAGUUACUUUCAUCCCUGGCUUACCUCCCUCACAGAGAUCCAUCAGGACCACUGGUAUUUGCGGUUGACCACUGCUUCUGCAUACGAGGCCAGGGCACUGUCAUGACAGGGACAAUCCUCAGUGGUAGUCUCAAGGUCAAUGACACAAUUGAGAUUCCUUCCAUGAAGAUUACUAAAAAAGUCAAAUCCAUGCAGAUGUUCAAGGCCUCUAUAGUGGAAGCAUCUCAGGGAGACAGGGUGGGAAUUUGUGUUACACAGUUUGACCCAAAGUUGUUGGAGAGGGGUCUAGUUUGCAGCCCUUGUACGGUGCCAACAAUCUUUGCAGCUGUUAUCUCAGUGAAACACAUACCCUAUUACAAAGGAGCUAUCAAUUCCAAGUCAAAGUUCCAUAUUACGAUUGGCCAUGAAACAGUGAUGGGUAAGCUCCAAGUGUUUGGCCUCCCCCCUGGGCAGGUAAUGGAUCCAUCACAGGAGAGUCACACCUUUGAUAUUAUGCAAGAGUAUGUUUUUCAAGAAGAGGUGGCAGAUCAGUCCAACCAUUUAGUCAACACACCUGAAGAUGCAAAUGCAGAUUCUGUUAACAAGCCUUCUUCAAGCCAUCAAUGGCUUUUCAUUGAGUUUGAAACACCAGUGACUUGCCCAGAAAAUUCCCUUGUUAUUGGCUCACGUCUUGACACGGACAUCCACCUUAACCUCUGCAGAAUAGCCUUUCAUGGAAGAUUGUUAGUUCCCGUCAGAGACAAAAACUUUAAGGAGACUUUCCUGCCACAACUGAAGAUUUACAAGAUCAAGACGAGAGAAGGAGUUGUUGAAAGGAUGGCUGACAAUUAUUCUGUUAUUGCACACUCUCUUUUUAAGAAAGAAACAAACAUUCAAACUUUUGUUGGCAUGAAGAUAAAACUCUCAACAGGAGAGCAAGGAAGUAUUGAGGGUGGUUUUGGUCAAAGUGGUAAAGUGAAGAUCAGGAUUCCUUCUGGUUUGUUUUCUGAUACUGUUUUGAAACUCUCUUCAAGUGAAAAGAAAAAGGGAGGGAAGAAUAAAGCAGCCAUGUUGACAACUUCAGAAGGGCCAACCAGUUCUGUUGAGCAACUUGCAAAGCCCAUCAAAGCAAUACUGGAAUUUAAGCGAUACAAUUAUGAUCCUAACAAGAAAAUGGUACAGUCUUGAGCCAAACUGUCUUGUAUUUUAUGUCCAGUGUGCUGUUCAUGCAUAAUAGUAAUAAGUUUUGAAUGUCUCUUUGCACUGUCAGUUUGUUAUGAUGAAGAUUGAUGAAUAGUAUUUGAAUAUGGUCUAUAUACUAUAACAUGUAAUGUAAAAUACAGUAAUAAUUAACAUCAGAGAACUAAGAAGUGCCAAAAAAUGUACAAUGAAUGUGACAAAAUGCAAAUAAUAUUGACGAUAAAUAUGUGCAAGCAAGCUCAUAUGAGAGACGUAUACAGAUAUAAAUAUGAUUCAAUAA